CCCGCUUCCCGCCGCGGCAGGAAGGAAGGACGAGCGGGCCUCGGCGCUGGUGCUGCCGGCGCGGACCCACAUUCACGUUGAUCAUUGGAGAAAACUCCACAGGUGAUGGAGGACUCACUGCAUGAAGACUCUCAGCCAUGGUAUAAUCAACAAGUAUAUGCAAGAUACUGGAAGCAUUACAAUCAAGCCAUGCAUUGGAUGUACAAGCACAAAAAUGCCUACAGGAAAGCCAUGGAGUCCUUUUAUCAUCUGUCAUGGUAUCCAUCCGAAACCUUUCCUUCAAGUCGUUACUCAGAUUGGGAUGGAGGCAACCCGUCGGAUGCUGACAACUAUUCUACUUACGCUCCAAACAGCAGAGCGCGAUACCCUUCCUGGCCCCAGCAAUACCCAGGUGCCCAUUGCAGUUCCGGAGUGAGCAAGGAUAUGGGCAGGGAUUCUGAAAUGGAGAAGGAUUCUGAGUCUGAAGAGGAGAUAGAAUGUGACCUGAGCAACAUGGAGAUCACAGAGGAGCUCCGCCAGUAUUUUGCACAGACAGAGGCGCACAGGCAGGAGUUACGGAAGCAGCAGCAGCUUGAAGCCGAGCACCAGGACAUGUAUGUCGAAGCUGAUCAUGACCUGCACCUGACAACACGACGUUCGGUACAACCCCCUGCAGAAAGACCCGGGGAGAGACGUAUGGCUGAAAUGAAGAAACUCUAUGGUGUGGGUGCGGCCAAAAUCCAAGCCAUGGAGACUGCCAUGCAACUUGCCUUUGAUAGGAACUGUGAUAAAAAGCAGCCCAAGUACUGGCCUGUUAUCCCCCUGAAACUGUGAGCUGUAUCAUCUUCUGUACUAGCAGUCCAGCGCUGCAGCUGUGGGUGCCCAAUCAGGCUACAUAGCUCAAUGAAUGAAUCAGGGGUCAUCACUUGUUCUCCUUUCCCCUCCUGCCAAACACACUCCCCCUCUUCUUUUUAAUCUGUCUACCAGAGUUUUCAGAACCUAUAGCAUCUCCACAGGGAAGUCCUAAAUUAUUGAUUUGUACUGUAGGGAUAGUGAAAUUUUACUUCUUUUAAAAUAUAUAUUUCACUAAUUUAAUGUUGGUCUGCCUGGACCAUGCUUGCAGGAAAUGCAGUAGCAUUUGUUUGCACUUAGUGAGCUGGGAAGACUGUUUAGCAACACAAAAAUCUCUACAAAUGAUCCACUUAUUUAUUAUUUUUAAUGUAGUAGCCUUGAGAUCCAUUUUAACACAGUACAGCUUGAAGUGUUGUGAAUUCUGAACCCUCAUCCUUGAUUUGGGGAUCCUGCAGUCAAUUGGCCAAGGUACAAAAUACUAAAUUACUGUAGCACAGCCAUUUGAAUGCUCUUUGAAAGCUUUAUAAUAAGGCAGGAAUUUUUUAUUCCAGUCUGAAACUUGGCAGGCAGAAUUUCAAUCCAGAAGCAAACUUAUAUGAAAACGUUAAAAAAGAAAUUUUGGCCAUUUUUAUUAUACAACUGUUUGGCAUGGUAGCAAAAAUGUCUAAUUGAUUUGAUACAUAAAAAAAAGAAAAAUUAAACCAACGGAGAGGAUUAGGUUCCAGUUCUGUCACCCUUGACUCACAUUGAGUAGUGUCUUACUCAACUAAUAAUUCCAUUGAUUUGUGAACUCACUGAGUAAGCAAUACUCAAUAUGAAUAAAGGAGGCAGAAUUGAGCCCUUAAUGUUGAAAAGUGAGUACUCUGGAUAUGUAAUCAUGAAAAUCCUUCUGAAAAGCAGCUAUGUGUCACUAUUGUAUACUUAGUUUUCACCAAAACAAGUUUUCACCCAGUCAAAGUAACACAGACUUCAGACAUUUUUCUGUAGAAAGAGUUGUGUAAAGAAAAUGAUGAUUAAAUGGCCUCUCUGUGUAAUAUGCAGUAUUUCCAUGCUACAUUAUAAGUGGUUCCAAAGAAACGUAUUAGUGACUUAACUGUCAUAAACAUGGGUGACCCGUUUUUGCGGUAGAGAAGGCUGAGGCUGAAGUUCCAACCGUUUAAUUUGCUCUAGCUAUGUCCUGUACUUGCCUAUACGGUCUAGCUGUUGUAGCAUGUGUGGCAUAUAAUAAACCACAUUAAUCUCUCUGCCCUUUGCUAUAUACUGGUAGACUAGAGCAAAUUUCAGAUUUAACUUUGAAUGUCCUUGUUCUUAUCACUUGGUGUUACAGCUUCAAAAGUACUUCUUUUUUUAUUCUAACUGAACAUAACAUGCAUAACAUGAAGUGGUAAGAUUGAACUCCUUAAAAUUAAAAGCUUCCAGACUCCAAGACUCAUUACUGAUGUAAUUGAACUAACAAGCUUGUGCACAGGGAAAAAAAUAAGUUGGGGUUGUGAAAUGUAAUCCUGCAUUUGGUGUACUUUAAUUUUGUCAUGGUAUGUAUGUUAGCGAUCGACUAUGAAAUGUCAGGAAAUAGUGUUUUUGUUAGGAUCUCUCUUGGUUGACAGAAUAAACUUUU